AAAGUCACUGAGUACCCGGUAACCUCAGGGUCAAGUCAAAGAAGUUCACUCAUCGGAAUGACAUAUCCUGUUGGAUACGUUUAGUGUUGGUUUUCAGGAAAUAAAUAAGAUCCAAGACAAAGUAUCCUCAGGAAAGAAAAUGGAAUUUGAAACCUGUAGCCAGACAGUGUCAUCCAAGGAUGGGGAGGAAACAGGUCUCCAUGAGGCUUGCGGUGUGUUUGGCUGUGUUGCCACCGGAGACUGGCCCACUCAACUGGAUGUGGCUCACACAAUCUGUCUUGGACUAGUCAGUCUUCAACACAGGGGACAGGAAAGUGCAGGGAUUGUGACCAGUAUGGGUGCCAAUGACUCGCUCCACAGACAGAAGAAAGGCAUGGGACUUGUUAGUCAUAUCUUCAGUGAGGACGACAUGGUCAGGCUACGAGGAAACAUUGGACUUGGUCACACCAGAUAUUCCACCCACGGAGAGUCUGACACCACUAAUGUACAACCAUUUGUGGUGGAGACAUUGCAUGGACUAACAGCAGUAGCACACAACGGACAGCUCGUUAAUGCUAAGUCCCUCAAACGUAAGCUGCUGCGACAUGGAGUGGGACUAUCAUCAGGAUCAGACAGUGAACUUAUUACACAGCUUCUCACUCACAUGCCAGAAUGUGGAGAACCAGACGGGGCCAACUGGGUUGGCAGGAUCAAGAGGAUAAUGCAGGAGACGAUUGCGUCCUACGCCCUGGUCAUCAUGAACAAGGACAAACUAUACGCUGUGAGGGAUCCGUUAGGCAACAGACCACUGUGUGUGGGCAAGCUCCUUCCUGCUGCUGCAUUCUCAGGGAAGAAGAUAAUGGACGACUCUGAGGUGGAUGGAUGGGUCGUAGCGUCGGAAUCCUGUGCCUUCAGUAGUAUAGGCGCCCAGUACUACAGAGAAGUCAUCCCAGGAGAGGUUGUGGAGUUGAGCAAGAAGGGAGUCCGAUCAGUAUACAUUGCACCCAAACAGAAACACACACCUCCAGCCUUGUGCAUAUUUGAAUAUGUGUACUUUGCCAGAGCUGAUAGUGUGUUUGAAGGACAGAUGGUAUACAUGGUAAGACAAAACUGUGGAAGGCAGCUAGCCAAGGAGGCCCCAGUCGAUGUGGAUAUGGUCAGCACUGUCCCCGAGUCUGCGACACCUGCGGCCAUGGCUUAUGCUACAGCUAUCAACAAACCCUAUGGAGAGGUUUUCACCAAGAAUCGCUAUGUUGGGCGUUCCUUUAUCCAGCCUAACAUGAGAUUACGACAGCUGGCUGUUGCUAAGAAAUUUGGGGCCCUCACACAGAACUUCAAGGGAAAGCGAAUUGUGCUUAUUGAUGACUCGAUUGUCCGAGGUGUGACGAUGAUCCCCAUCGUCAAACUACUCAAGGCUGAGGGUGCCAAGGAGGUCCACAUUCGGAUAGCAUCGCCUCCCAUCAAGUAUCCCUGUUACAUGGGGAUCAACAUCCCUACUCACCAGGAGCUGGUGGCCAACAAAGUCCCAGUGGACCAGCUGGCGGACUACUUUGGUGCAGACAGUUUGCAGUAUCUGUCUGUAGAAGGUCUGAAGGCAGCAGUUACUGAAGGGAUAAAGAGUGAAGCAGAGUCAGUCGGCCAUUGUGUGGCGUGUCUCACAGGGGAUUAUCCAGUAGAGCCAGACUGGUGACCAGAGAACGUUACAAAGGGGAGACAACUGUUUCAGAGGAAAUGAGUCCAGAAGACUUCUCACAGUAGAGGUUACUGUAGAUUUCCAGACAGUGGUUUCUGGUUGAGGAGGCUUAAUGAGACAGCUAGAUUGAAGGUGACACUCUGGGAACCUUCAGAGAUUUUCUAUAUCUGGGAAAUGAGUUACUGGAAACUUCCCUAAGGGGAGACAACUACUUAUGAAGCAUGUUUGUGAUACAAACCAAUAUAUAUGCAAAGGGGCUCCUGUAUUUCUGCUCUGGAUACUUAUCCAAGUGAAUUUGGCAUGUCAUUUGCCAAAAAAUACAUUUUAAUGGAAACCAAAGAAACUUCAAGAUGUUUGAUUCCAAUGCCAAAUCAGGACCUAUUGUCCCAACUUUAUAAAUGUGCUUAACACUGUGCCAAUGUAUAUAUAUCAAGGACUAAAAUAAUGAUUAAUGUACAUAAGUUUGUGGAGUUUAUUUCUGCUGGUGCUAAAACUUUAGAGGCCAUAUUGUACAGCCUGUUAUAAUAUGUUGAAUUGUUUCAGUAGUAUCAAGCCAUCUGUGAAAAAGAAGGAUCAAGAUGGUUAUUACUUGGUAGAUAUCGUGAAGAUAAAAUAAUUCAGGAUUUGGUGAGAUUUUAUGCCAAAAAUACGAGAGUCCUGACCUGUAUUCCAUUAUUUGACAUUGUAUAUGGGAAGUUUAUUUGUUCCUAUUAAGGGAAUAAUUCUGUAAUCCCCAUAUGUAAGUCUUUAAUAAGUCUUCUGAAACCAUCAAAAUUGAAAUGAUAAUGGAUUACAGAUCUGUUAUGUUCUCUAGCUAAAUGAUUAGUUAAAAUUGAUGAAAAUAGUUAUCCAUACCGAAUAUAUCUACCAUUGAUUAAUUAACUUUGGACAAAAUGAUAGUGAAAGUAAAUGAUUAUGCAAACUGUGUUCAGUGUGUUAGAAUCUGACUCUAGUCGUGGGAUAUUAUUAUAAAACUUGCAGUUUAUAAACAUUUUUAUGCUUAUAUUUUAUUUCAAAUAAUCUGGUAUUUUUU